AUGCAGUUUCAUUCUCCAACCAACACCCAACCACAACACACGAGGAAGGUCACUCCCUCUCCCAAGCUCCAAAAGCUGCAAUUCGAGAGCAACGACGCGUUCGAUAGUCCUACCAAGUCCAAGUUUGAAGAAAGCAUCAAGAAUUGCAAAACGGUGAAGGAAUUCGGAAGACUGAUAAAAGCGAAUGGGAAGAUCUUGAAAUCUCCCCAUUACCUUCGCGCUGCUCUCAGAAAGCUAGGUGAAUUCAAAACGGAGAUGAACUCUCGUGAUGUCGCCAUUCUGCUCCACGUCUUCUCGAAGUCCAACUUCGCAUCAAAAGUGGUCGAUUUGUAUCGAGCUAUUCUUACUUUGCUGUCCGACCAAGCAUUGGUCACCCUACACGAGGCCAGUGCCAAAGACGUUUCCAUGACACUGCAUGCUCUUGUCAAACGCCAUGUUGGUAACGCGGAACUCUUUCGCAAGGCAGCCGAGCAUGGUGUUACCGUGAUUGAAGAUUUCAAUCCCGAAGGUCUUUCCAACAUGCUAUUGGCAUUGGCAAAAACUAAUUCCUACUCGUUCGAAUUUUUUGAUCGAGCCGCAAAGAUCGCAGCCUCCACAAUGCAAAAUAAAGAUUUCAAUUCGCAAUCACUCUGCUUCGUUGUGGAUGCCUUCACUCGUACCAAUCAUUACGACAGGGAGCUAUUUUUGGCCAUUGAGAGAAAAGCAAUUCCAUUCUUGGAUACCUUUCGACCCCAGGAUAUGAACCUACUCAUUGGUGCCUUUGCCAACUCGGAACAUGAUUGCAAAGACCUCUUUGAUGCAGCCUCCAAGACAAUCAUGCAUAAAGUCGAAUACUUCAACACUAUGAGCCUUUGUCACUUUGCCAACAGUUUUGCAAAGUGCGGAUACAAGAACCCAGAUCUUUUGGAUACCAUUGCUGAAAAAGAGAUUCUGUUCUUGCACACUUUAGACGCCUGGCCCAUGUCAGAAUUGCUCUCGGUAUUUGUAAACGUGGACUAUGUACAUGAGGCCUUGUUUCAAGCAGCAAAAUCAGCCGUUGUUCACAGAAUGCCGUCUUAUGAGCCGAAUGAAUUGAUCACGAUCACAUGCGCAUUUAGUAAGGUCGAGAGCUUUGACAUGGCUGAUGUAUUUACAGCUGCUGCAGAAGCUGCAGAAUUAAUCCUGGAUACUUUCCAGCCCCAAGAGGUUGCCAAUUUGUUGGAGAUCUUUUCGACAAUAGAAUCCUUUUCCGAGUCUAGCGAUCAUCUCUUUUGCAUGAUUGCAUCUCUUGUCCUUUCCAAUCCUUACGAGAUUGAUCGUUGGGACUCCCGAAACUUGGUUGAUGUGGCAGUGGCCUUUGCCAAGGGGGGAGUCACAAACACCAAUCUUUUGGAAGUGAUUGGGCGGACCAUCAUGGAGCGUGGCGAUCUCUUUCCACCGUAUGGUACCAGACGCAAAACAAUCCAGCGCUUGCUCGCUGCAUUUGUCGGAUACGAGACUCCAUCGGCCGUUGUGGUAAUGGAACUCGUGUUUCGUGAGUUCGCGAGCUUAGACAAGAGCCAGAUUGAAUUUUCCUUUGUCAUGCAGAUCGCCAAGGCCUUGCCCUAUGGUCAACGCAACGGAAUUCUUCCCUAUGGAAUCUUCAAGCAAAUCUCAGAUAUUGCGUUGGCAGAAGGCAACGAAGCGGAGGUCUCGUCUCUUUUCCGGUGCUAUGCCCAGUUGGGCUUUGAAGGACUUUUGGUAUCCUCUAAGCGCGGCGGAAGCGAAGGUAAUACGGAUCAGGAGUAG